AUGAGCUCGAUCGGACGCAAGCAGCGCGAUAGCCUCACGACCGGGCAGAUCCAGGUCAGCGUCGGCGGCAAGCGCUCGGUGCUGGCGCCGCCCGAGGCCGCGCCCAAGGUGACGUCGCCGACGGUAAUGUCGAUGAAGAGCAUGCUCCAUGCUUGCCAGUCGGUCUUCCGCCGACCGCGCAUCCGCGGGCGCUCGAUCGAGCCCGAGUCGGAGAUGCUUCUGCUUCCGUGCGUCGCCAAGAGCGACGAGGCCAUUCGCAUCAUCUCCAAGGCGCUCCGAGCGCACUACCUCUUCCAGACGCUCGAGGACGCGCAGCUUCUCGAGGUCGCACGCGUCAUGGACCUUGUCACGCACAAUGACGGCGACGAGGUCAUUACGCAAGGCGACACGGGCGAUGCGUUCUUCGUGCUCGAAGCCGGCUCGUGCCAGAUUCUCGUCGACGACAAGGUCGUCGGGCACUACGUCGGCGGCCAGGCCUUUGGCGAGCUCGCGCUGCUCUACAAUGCGCCGCGCGCGGCCACGAUUAAGGCAACGUCUCCGUGUACGCUAUGGAGCAUCGACCGCGUCAUCUUUCGCAAGAUCGCAACGACCGCCGAGAUGCAGUCGCAGAAGGCGCGGCUCGACUUCCUCAAGCAACCACUGCGCAAGAUCGUCGACGUCCUCCGCAUGGAGUACUUUGGUGCGGGUGCGACCAUCAUCCGCCAAGGCGACGAAGGCAACACGUUCUACAUGAUCGUGCAGGGCACCGUGCUCUGUUCGAGCGAUAACGACGAGCAUCUCGUGACGCUCCACGCGGGCCAGUACUUUGGCGAGCGCGCGCUCCUCACCAACGAGCCGCGCAAGGUCAACUGCGUCGCCGAGACCAACGUCACAUGCUACAUGCUCGGGCGCCGCGACUUUACGCAGCUCCUGGGCCCCCUCCAGACGCUCCUCGACCGCCAAGUGCGCCUCCGCACGCUGCGCAGCAUCACGCUGCUGAGCCACCUCUCGGACUCGGAGCUCGACGUGAUUGCGCUUGCGUUCCGCACCGUCUCGUUUCCCGACGGCCAAAAGAUCAUUCGGCAAGGCGAGAUCGGCAACACGUUCUUCAUCCUCCAGCAAGGGGUCGUGUCGGUACAAAAAUCUGGCAUCGAGGUCCUGCAGCUCCGGGCCGGGGAGUUUUUCGGCGAGCGCACGCUCUUGCACAACGAGCCGCGGGCCGCCGACGUCAUUGCGUCUGGGCCCGUCGAGUGCCUUUGCCUCGACCGCCCCGCCUUUGAGCGCUGUCUCAGCAAGCUCCGCGCUGUCAUGGCCGAGGAAGCCAAGCGCCAAGAGCUUAUCCAGGCGUCGAUCCUCGGCACGCCAGUGCCCACGCAGAAGCACUUGGACUUUUCCGAGCUCGACAAGGUCGACACGAUCGGCGCCGGCACCUUUGGGCACGUCUUCAUGGUCAAGCACAAGCCGAGCGGCGUGACGUAUGCGCUCAAGUGCAUGCAGAAACACAACAUUGUGGCGACGCACCAAGUGCACAACAUUCUGAACGAGAAGCGCAUCAUCUGCGAGUGCAACCACCCGUUCAUUCUACGUCUCAUCGAUACGUUUGCCGACCGCGACCAGCUCUACAUGGUGCUCGAGCUCGUCCAGGGCGGCGAGCUCUGGAGCUUGCUCUACGAAAAGUCAUUUUGCCUAGCAAAAGGUAGCGCCGGCGGCUUUGACGCACCGACCGCGCGCUUUUACGCCGCGAAUGUCGUCGAGGUCUUCCGAUACCUGCAGACCAUCAACGUCGCGUACCGUGACCUGAAGCCCGAGAACCUCAUGCUGGACGACAAGGGCUAUCUCAAGAUGCAAGGCGCGCUCUGCGAAAAGACGUUUACGGUCUGCGGCACGCAAGAGUACAUGGCGCCCGAGAUCCUGCUUCAGAAAGGCCACGGUCUCGCUGUCGACCACUGGGCUCUUGGCUGUCUCAUCUACGAGCUCCUCGUGGGCCACACGCCGUUCUACUCGGACUGCCACGACGACCUCCAAGUCGUUUGGAACGUCUUGCACUCGUCAUCGACGCUCCGCUUCCCCCACGGCGUGGACCCGGAAGCGAAGGACCUCAUCACGAAAUUGCUCGAGCCCAACCCGCGGCUGCGCUUGGGAUCGCUGCCCGGUGGCAUGAACGACGUGAUGCUGCAUCCGUGGUUCUCGAAAGCGUGCUUUGAUUGGGCCGCGCUUCGAACCCAGACGCUGACAGCGCCGUAUACGCCUCCGAUCAAGGAUGCACUGGACUUGAGUCAGUUUGGUCACUUCCCCAAGGCGGGCAAGAUUGUCAAGUACAGUGGUGAAGACUACUUUGCCGACUUUUAG